AUGGCUGGCUUAGACUUGGGCUUUGCUUCUCACUUUGUUAAUCAAUUUCAGCACCCUUCCGUCGAUCUCCGCCUGCAGCGGCGGCCGGAUGCCGAUGAAGGUUACGGCCAGUUUCACGACGGUGAUGAAGACCACAACAACUCACAACAACCCAACUCCGGCGGAGAAAUUAUGGGUCGCCGCCCGAGAGGCCGACCGCCCGGUUCGAAAAAUAAACCGAAGCCACCGGUUAUUAGUACCAGAGAAAGCGUUGACACCCUUCAAGCCCACGUCCUGGAAGACAACACUGGUUGCAAUGUGUUUGACUCGAUCGCCACGUAUGCUCGGAAAUGCCAACGUGGCAUCUGUAUCCUGAGCGGUACUGGCACCGUCACUAAUAUUACUUUGCGACAACCUGCGACCGGUAGCGCCGUUAUCACACUCUCCGACAG